AUGUCUGAAGAAGCUUUGGUUGAAAGAAAGAAAUGUGUUAUCUCCAGUGUCAAUGUCAACUUACAGGAAAACUUCAGCAAAAAGCUUUUGUACUUCUCCAAUUAUAGCAAAAUUAUACGAAUGGUAGCUUGGAUGUUGCGAUUUGUCAACAAUGCCAUAAAUAAGUCUAUACGAGUAGCAUCCGAGUUAACAAGUGCAGAAAUACAGAAUGCAGAACUUGCCGUUAUAAAACUGGUCCAAAAAGAACAGGCUCCUGAUUUAAGGAAAAAAUACUCGAAAUCAAUCCGAUUUUACGAAGAGUCUGAAGUCUUAAAGAUUGAAACUAAGUUGGUUUUAGAUCCAGAAGAAUUCCAGAAACCAACAGUAUUACCCGAUCAUCCUAUCGUGAGACAGUACGUUGAACAUGUCCAUAAAGCCAUGAUGCACAGUGGUGUUCAAACAACUCUGAACCGCAUUCGAGAGCUUUACUGGGUUCCUCGCGGUCGGAGGGUAGUUCGUGAAGUCAUAAGCAAAUGCGUGGUCUGCAAGCGUCACUCAAGUAAACCAGUACAGCCAGAUACAUCAUCUCUACCCAUGGAUAGAACAAAACGCAUUUCUGCAUUUCAAAUCACGGGUGUAAAUUUGGCCGGGCCUAUGCAACUACGUCAAGGUAUCAAGGCUUGGAUUGUUUUAUUUACCUGUGCGGUGUAUAGAGCCAUUCUUCUGAAGCUCGUUACAUCAUUGUCGUCCGAAGCAUUCAGGCAAGCAAUGAGAAGAUUCUUUGCAAGAAGAGGGAGAUGCUCGGUAAUGUAUUCGGACAACGGGACGAACUUCACUGGAACAGCACGAGCCCUUCAGUCAUUGAACUGGGAGGAAUUGCAAUCUCAAUUUGACUUGCAAAACGUCAAAUGGCAUUUUAGCCCACCUACCGCACCAUGGUAUGGUGGAUGGUGGAAAAGAAUGGUCCGUAGUAUCAAAGAAGUUUUACGAAAGUGCUUGGGAAGGGCUUGCGUGACGUACGAAGAAAUGCUCACGUUAUUGUGCGAAGCUGAAAGUGUCAUCAAUGGGAGACCACACACCUACCUUUCAGAUGAUCCGAAUGAAAUGACACCAAUAACACAUAAUGAAAAAAUAUUGUUGUUCUCAAUACGCACAAGUUUUUUGCGCCAAUGA